AUUAAAAAAAAUCCGAAAUAUUGUCACAUUUUGAUGUAACACCAAAUAACUACAUUUAAAUUAUAAAGAACAGGUAGGUAGAAAAAAAAAGUUAAAACCCUAGACAUAAACCCAUCGAACCCACCCAGAUGCGUGGGAAGUUAAUAUGUAUCGACCUUGUUUACAAACGCUGUAAUAUUUCCAUAAUUUUGAUAAUUAGAAAAUAAGUGAUAAAAACUUGAAGUAGUCAUAAAUCCAUCGAGAUAAAAUAAAUAGGAGUGGUUUUCAAAUGCCGUACAUUAUAGUACGGGGUAACCUAGCGGCUUACGGUCAAAGAUUUCCAUGGCGAGUUUUAGUUUCUGGCUUGAAAACUGACGAUAUAGAACAGUUGAAACGAUUCGCAUCGGGUGGAUAUUGUGAUGACACGACUAUAGUGUACAUGGUACAUCCCUGUGUUAUGUUAACAGCGUUAGAAGUUCUAGGUUACAGAGUAGUCGCUUCAUCAUCAACCAGUGUAAAACAAGAUUAUAAUGAAUAUAUGUGGACUAUGAGAAAAGAUUUUUCUGAACCAGAGCCCCUAAGUAACGAAAAGUUGACUGAUUAUAAAAUAGAACAUAAAUUGUCUGCCCCAGAAGAAGUAUAAACAUACAAAACAUGGAUAUACCUACAAGUGUACUAUUGGCUACUACCACUUAUGCCUAUGUGGUAGUUAAAGGAUCUAUAUACGCUUCGGACAGUGCUGUUUUUGGUCUAAAUGAAAUAGAGACAAAGGCUUUGGUAAAGAAGUUUUCAAAUUCACAAAAAGAUGUUAUAAAUGGAGUUUUAUUGAAAGCUCCACCUUUAGACAUUGUGAAUGCCUUGGGGCAAUUGGGAUACAGAGUUGUUGCAACUACUGGUGAAGCUGAAGUUGUGUGGACAUUACAAAGAGAGGUUUAGCUCUAGUUAAUACUAGAUCAAGUCAAUUUCAAUAUUUAUCAAAGUUUUAUUAUUUUGUCACACAUUUUGUUUAUACUCGAAUAUAAUUUAAUUUGAAAAAAAGUAUGAUCACCUUUUAAAUACACCUACAACAGUUUGUUAUCAAUUUGCAAAACAAUUGUAAUUUCUCAUUUAUUAUAAAACAUGUGAUUGAUGUUAAAUGAUACAUAUUAAAUGCAAUAAUUUUUAGAUUUUCAAUACGCUUGGAGUAGUUUUUAGUGCUAAUAAAUACUGAUUUUAAUCUAUGUACCAUAAAUAACUGAAUGCUCAUAUCUUUUGAGUCAUAUACCAUUUUCUAUUUAUACAAAAAUGUAUACAAAAUAUUCAAAUUAUUUUAUAUAUUUUGAAACUAUAGAAAAAAUUAUAUUUUUAACACAUAUUUUCUUAUGCUCUAUAAAUACCUCUAAAUUUUUAUUAAGGUGAUUGUAAUUUAUAAAUGGUAUCCAGAAACUCUCCUGCAACAUGUAAGUUAUAGGUUCUAGAUAUAGUUUUAUGUUCAUCGAACUUAUAUUAUUUUUAUUCAAAUUGACUACUAAAGAAAUUAGUGCACUUUGAGGCUUUUAACCUACCUGCCAUUUCAUGCUAAUAUGAAAAAUCAUUUAUUAUUUACCAUUAAUAACAAAAUAUUGAUAUUUAACAUAAAAAUAUUAAUGAAAGGUUCGUGUUAGGUCAAUUAACCAAUUCUUCCACCUUGAAUUAUUCAUACAAAAUUAUGUACUAUUAAAACAUAUAAAUAUAAAAUUCAGUUAUUUUAUUUAUUCACUGUCAUUCAUAUAUUGUAUAAACUUGCAGUGAUAAUCGUGUUACUAUAAAAUCAUAUUGUUUGUUGUCUUCAACAUUGACUUAAUUUUUUGGUGUAUAAAUUUUUUUACAAACUAUAGAAAAUUGGAAAAUAACUCAUUUUCAAAAUAUUAAUUUGCUGUAAGGAUUGAUUAAAUUUUGAAAUAAUUUUGGGAUCAAUAUUUUAAGCAGUACUUAGUAGUUAAGUAUUAAUUAAACUUCAAGAAAACAGUGUAAAGUAGCAAAUUCAAAGAAAAGCAUAUUUUUCAAAACAUUUUAUUUUCAUGAAAGUAGUGAAAAAAUUAAUACACGAAACAUUUUUGCUAAAUAAUUUACCUGUGUAAGUUUGUACAAUGUAUCAAGUUUGAAGUUUGUAGGUUUUGUUUUUUUUUCAGCUUGAAAAACAUUUCUAUAGUGUUGAAGGGUACUAGCUGCCUUAUAAGGAACUUCUGUUUAAAAGUAAAUUAAUUAAAUAGACUUAACAUCACAUCUAGUAUCUGUAGUUUGUGUUUGGCAGUAGAGUUACUGAUGUUUGCUACUAAAUAUAUUGAUCACAUUUUUUGAUACAAUUUUUGAAUUUGAUUGAUAGGUGUUAAAUUCUGUUUAUUUUAAUGUUACUAGGGAAAAGACGAGUUAAUUAAAUUUUACUAACAAGUUUAAUAACAAUUGUUGAACUACAAUGUUUUUUUGUAAUUUAAACUAAUAGUUAAAUGUACCAAAUACUUUAAGUGGUUUUCUUUUCUUUGUUUAAACAUCUUAUUUAACUUACAAUCAUAUUAUUGUUGUAUUUUCAUGAAAAAUGAAAAGUGUAUUUUGGUAAUUUUCAAUGUAUAAAAUCAGAAUUUGAAUAUCAAAACAAAAAUCAAAAAAAUGUAUCAAUCUGUCUAAUUAACCAGCACUUACUAUGAUAAUUAUAUAAUACUUUAAGUAGUUUUAUCUAUUUAUGCUAUUUAUCCAUACCAGACUUUCUGUAUAUGAAGAUAAUCCAAUAUGGAAUUCAAAAACGAAUGUGAUCACAAUUGCACAUGUUCCACCUACACAGUGGCCACCCAAUCUUUGGAUGAAAUGGAUUUCGAAAGAGGUAUCUGGUAUGCUGCACAGUACGGAGAUUUGGAAAGAAUAAAGAAAUUGGUAAAAGAUAAACAUUGUGUUAACAUGAAAGAUUCAGCUGGUUAUACUGCUUUGCAUUAUGCAGCUAGAAAUGGACAUUUCGCAGUUUGUAAAUUCUUAUUAGAGAAUGGAGCACAAGUAGAUGCUAUUACUAAGGGGCAUUCUACAGCUUUGUGCAGAGCUGCGUUAACUGGUAAAGAAGAUAUUGUGGAUUUACUGUUAUCAAAUAAUGCCAAUCCUUUGAUCAAAGAUUCGGAUGGUAAAACUGCACUUCAUCGUGCAGCUGAAAACAAACAUUAUGGUAUUUGCAAAAAACUUCUGAGUGUGGCUCCAAUUCUAAACGAAAUGAAAGAUAAUAGAGGCAAUGUACCAGAUAUUGGGGACUAAUGAAAAAUACUAUGCUAUUUCACUUUUUUAGGUUAGAUUUCUAAUAAUGUAUUGGAUUAAAUUGAUUUAAAGUU